AUGGAGACUGCCCUGCACCGCGCCCAAAGCCUCUGGGCACAGCUCUCUCAGGAGGAUUACCCCAAUGGCGCUGUGGUCUUCUGUUCGGAGUCCCUUGCCGAAGCCUUCCACCCAGCUAGGCCCCUGCCUGGCAGUGUGUACAGAGAUGGGAAGGACUUCGAGACCGCCUUGGUACAUGAAGCCCUGGACCGGAGCCCCAGCUUUGGUAUCGUGACCAUCGACGGUGCCGAGGCCUCUCUGGGUUCUGCGACCUUCGGUGCCAGUCCCGGCUGCGCCGUCGCCGUGACGGCCGUGGCGCACCUCCGCGCCCACAUCAAGAGCCGCACGCGCCGAGGUGGCCAGUCCGCCUCACGGUUCGGGAGAACCCGGGAUGCCGAGGAAAUGGAGUUCCUCCAGGAGGUGGUGGAACGUGUGCAAGCCCAGCUGGGUGGAGUUGAGCACUUCAUCCUCGGGGGAAAGGCGGAGAUGAAGCGGAAGCUGCUGAAGGAGCUCCCACCCGAGCUGCAAAGGCGGGUCCUGGGCGUCCUGGACCUGAACUGCGGCGCCGAUCGGGACAGCCUGCGCCUCGCGGCGACGAAGGCCCAGCACCUCGUCGAUGCCCCGGGGCAGCGCGAGGCGUCGGCCGCAGUGGCGGAGUUCCUGGAGCAGGUGAAGCUGGGUGGAGCCUGCUACGGCCCGGAGCAGACGUUGAGGGCGCUUCGGCUUGGCGCGGUGCACACCUUGCUGGUGGCCUCGUCUGUGGAAGGCUCCUGGUCCUGUGCUCUUGCGGAUGCGCUGGAAGUUGCGGAAGCCCAGGGGGCGCGCUGCUUCACCAUCUCGGCUGACUCUGAGGACUCUGUCCGAUUCGGCAGUGCGUUCGGCAUCGGAGGGCUCCUCCGAUGGGACCCGGCACCGGAGGUGCUUGAGGAGUCGGAUAUCGAGGUCCCCGAAGAAGUGCCCGGUGGCGGGGACGUGACGCCCUCGACGCAGGCUGAGACCGACUCGGAAAGCGGCUCUACGGCGCCUCCCGAGGUAGCAGAGGCCCUGCAGUGGCUCACGGCGCAGCUCACAAGGCUUCAAGGGGAGGCGGACGCAGAAGCGCUCCGGGAGGUGGCAGCCGUCCUCCUCGGUGAUGGUCUGGAGCCCACACUGGAGGUGCUCCGCGCGGAGGGAGUGCCGGAAGAAGUGCUGCAGGGGUUCGAGGCGCUUUGCUGCGGCAUCCAUGUGGACGGUGCAUGA